CUAGGAGUUCCUGAACGCAGCAUCAGGAUCCUAGACUGCGACUCUUCAGAGAUUAGCAGACUGUUACUUUUUCGGGUGAUUACUGGAAACAUUGAAACGUGACACUUGACAUAGUUUUUAUUAUUUUGAUUUAAUGUAUUAGAAUGACGCUUCUCUAAACCUGUCAAUAGAGGGAAAUGACAUGUCAAUGGCAAAAACUUGACCCAACUCGACUCUCUGCUGCCGUUGCAGUGAAGGAGACGGAGUGAACAGCAACAGCCAACUGAAGUUUACUACUGUUUCCUCGAUAACAAAGGGGGACACUCACUUUUUUGACGAUUAUUCGACGCCAUCGUUUAGUUAAAGGUCUGAAAAACAUUCAACAUGCAAGCCGUACCUACCCGCCGUGUCUCUGUUACAAAAGGACAUGGAGCAGGGGGAAGGACCGUCUGAGUAGCAAAAAUCCACCUAAAUUCACUGCCUUGGCUUCAUCAAACCAUCACCACCAGAUUUGAUCAAGCUAAAUAAAUGUAAAGGAUCUUUUGUGUCGAGCUAUCAUGGAUAUUUUUCCCCGGCCAAGCGGUGAAAUCCAGAGAAGGAACCCCCAGCAUGACUUUGAGCUCAUUCAGAGGGUGGGAAGUGGCACAUAUGGAGACGUGUACAAGGCUCGAAACAUACAGACAGGAGAGCUUGCUGCUGUGAAGAUCAUAAAGUUGGAACCAGGGGAUGACUUUUCCAUCAUACAGCAGGAAAUCUUCAUGGUGAAGGAAUGCAUGCACCACAAUAUUGUGGCCUACUUUGGGAGCUACCUCUGUCGAGAGAAACUUUGGAUAUGUAUGGAGUACUGUGGUGGAGGAUCUCUGCAGGACAUUUAUCAUGUGACAGGACCUCUGUCAGAGCUUCAAAUAGCAUAUGUUAGCAGAGAGACUUUACAGGGUUUGGGAUAUCUGCAUACCAAGGGCAAGAUGCAUCGGGACAUCAAGGGUGCCAACAUACUUCUAACUGACAAUGGAGAUGUGAAGUUAGCUGACUUUGGGGUUGCUGCCAAAAUAACAGCCACCAUUGCCAAAAGAAAGUCCUUCAUUGGAACUCCCUACUGGAUGGCUCCAGAAGUUGCAGCAGUGGAGAAGAACGGUGGCUACAACCAGCUGUGUGAUAUCUGGGCUGUUGGCAUCACGUCCAUAGAGCUGGCUGAGCUACAGCCGCCCAUGUUCGACCUCCACCCAAUGAGGGCCUUGUUUUUGAUGUCGAAGAGUAGCUUUCAGCCUCCUAAGCUAAAAGACAAAAACAAAUGGUCUGCUGCCUUCCAUAACUUUGUCAAAGUGUCUCUAACGAAGAACCCAAAGAAGAGGCCCACAGCAGAAAAACUUCUAUCACAUGUGUUUGUGGCCCAGACGGGUUUGACAAGAAGGCUUGCAGUUGACCUCUUAGAUAAGAUGAACAACCCAGACAACCAUCAGCAUUACAAUGAAGUGGACGAUGAUGACCUUGAGCCCCUCUCUGCUGUCAGACACACCAUCCGAUCCAGCAACAAACAGUCCAGAGCUGAGAGGACACGCUCAGAGAUAGAUUCAAACAAUGGGAUAAGCCAAGGAGGGCCAUGCUCAAGUCCUAGCUUCACUGAGCGACACAGGGGGGACGCAGUCGACAAGCUCCAGUUCGAACCACCUCUUCGGAAGGAAACAGAGGCUCACUCUGAAAUGGAUGUGAGUAAAGAUAAUGACUUCCCUUCACCCUGGAGUCCCUUUGCAGAGGGAGGAAUAACAACCAGGAGCCUUCUCAAAAGCGUUGAGGAUGAAUUGUUCCAACGGGGACACGUUGCUCCUUUGGAAGAUGCCUUUGAAGAAGUGGAGCUAUCGACCCUCAAGCCAGGAGUUCCCCCUCCUCUGCCCCCAAAGCCACGAUUAAACAGUUCAUCCGAGGAGAUUGGCCUUAAUGAUGAGCGGUCUCUGACGGUGCGGAGGUUUCCUAAUUCUGAAAAUGGGCCAAGUCAGGCGGCCCGCAGACAGAGCACACCUGGGCAGGGCAACAAGUUGGAGCACUCUUCUCCAGAUUUCCUCUCUGUCAGCGUCAGCAGCCCCGGCCUUUUGUCUCAUGCAUCUGAUCCUGCUCUCUGUAAAUCUGAAUGUAAAGACAAUGAUUCAGAUGAGAGUGUCAAUGGAGGCAGUCCUAAGCCACCACCCAACCGGCAACACAGAAAGGAGAAAAAGGAAUUUCCGAAACCAGCUAUCAACGGUCUUCCACCCACUCCUAAAGUACUGAUGGGAGCCUGUUUCUCAAAGGUAUUCGAUGGCUGUCCACUGAAGAUCAACUGUGCCACAUCAUGGAUUCAUCCAGACACCAAAGAUCAGUACCUGAUCUUUGGGACAGAGGACGGCAUCUACACAUUGAAUCUUAAUGAGUUGCAUGAAGCCACAAUGGAGCAGCUGUUUCCCAGGAAGUGUACAUGGCUGUAUGUUAUUAACAACAACCUGAUGUCGUUAUCAGAAGGGAAAACCUUCCAGCUGUAUUCCCACAAUCUCAUCGGCCUGUUUGAGCAGCUGAAGAAGCCCGGCCUCGCUGCUCAGUUUCAGACUCACCGCUUCCCAGACAAAAUUUUACCCAGGAGAUUUGCCUUGACAACUAAGAUCCCUGACACAAAGGGCUGUCACAAGUGUUGCAUUGUGAGAAACCCAUAUACAGGCCACAAAUACCUCUGUGGAGCUCUGCAAUCUGGGAUUGUGCUGCUGCAGUGGUAUGAGCCCAUGCAGAGGUUCAUGCUCAUCAAGCACUUUGACUUCCCUCUCCCCAGCCCGCUCAAAGUGUUUGAGAUGCUGGUGGUCCCAGAGCAGGAGUACCCUCUGGUGUGUGUGGCCAUCAGUCAGGGCACAGAGCCAGGCCAGGUGGUCCGCUUCGAGACCAUUAACCUCAACUCCUGCUCCUCCUGGUUCACAGAGAUGGGAACAAAUAAUCAGCAGGUGGAUGCCAUACAUGUCACUCAGUUGGAGAGAGACACAGUAUUGGUGUGUUUGGACCAAAAUUUGAAGAUAGUUAAUCUUCAGGGGAGACUGAAGUCCAACAAGAAGCUGGCAUCUGAGCUCAGUUUUGACUUCUGUAUUGGAUCUGUUGUGUGCCUUCAGGACAGUGUGCUGGCCUUCUGGAAACAUGGCAUGCAGGGAAAGAGCUUCAAGUCUAAUGAGGUGACUCAGGAGAUUUCUGAUCCGAGCAGAGUCUUCCGCCUUCUUGGUUCUGACAGGGUGGUGGUGUUGGAGAGCCGGCCGACCGACAACCCAACGGCCCUCAGUAACCUCUACAUCCUCGCAGGACACGAGAACAGUUACUGAUCUAAUGUCAUACGCCACAAGAGGAGGACGACGGGCUUCAUUUUGGGAGAAACCUCCAGACUUUGACCUGUUGGAAGGGGAGACUUGUGGUUUUAAACAGUUAUUGGGAGAUUUCGUUACCGAUCAGAGGACGGAUAGGUCGGUGGGUACAAGCCGAGCCUCUCGGGUUGGAUUCAUUCGUAGCCUUACACCAGCAGCGUGUCGACUGUAGCCCCGCUCUUCACCAACGACAACGAGAGCUUCAACGAACAUCGUUACUUUGCGUUUUUCUGACUUUUCUGUACUGUGGACUGAGUUACAAACAUUUUAUCUAGAGGUAUUACUGCAAAAGUGCCAUUAAAAUUCACAAGAAUUUGUGAUUGUAUUAGCAAACAGUGGGAGAUUUGUGUUAUUUUUCUGCAACGUGUCACCCCUAAUGAGUCGAUGGCAACUUUAUUAGGCUUGAAAGGAGAUUUUUUACAGCUCUGUAGUCGAACUAAUAGAUCAAACAGAAACCCAUGAGCCAUGUGGGUUAUUUAAGCAAUAUUUAUUAACCUCAUGUUAAGUAACAGUUGGAUUUCCAGACGGUGACAGUGCAGUCCUGCUCUGAAUAGGAUUAACUACCUAGUGAACAGUUUCUGAGCAGCUUCGGGUUAUUUUUACUGCUUUGUAAUAUAGUCGCAUCUAUCCUGCUCUGCUGCAUUUUUAGAAGUUGAAUAUAAUGUAAAAUGUUUUUCUUUACCCCUUCUUUUAUAGACCCUUUACUUUCAUUAUUUGCACCAUGUAAGCACUUUUGUACAUUUUUUUUAUUUAAAAUCAAAUGACAAAAUGAGGGACGAUGCUAGGUUUUGUUAACAUCUUUGCAUUCCCUUUGCAAAAUGUUUAAUGUAUGCUGUUUUUGUAAUAAAAAAAACGCUGUUGUUAACAAGA